AUAAAUAUGUAAAUUUCAAUUACAUGAUACAUAAUCGUAACUCCUUCACAAUUAAAAGAAAAAGUUAUCAACUGAAAUUUCACUGAGAAAUUCAUUUUACAGAAAACCCGUUAUUGUCCAAUCAAAUUGUCCAACUCGCCGUAAAUUUACCCGAGGAAGUCAGAAAGCGCUCGGAAAUAAAUCGGAAAGUAGAAACCAGAAGAGAAACUAUCUUGAAAUGAUGCGGGCGGCAAAAUGAGAGACAACUAAUCAUCUAUUCUGAAACGCAGUCGCGCCCAUUUGCAUUGUAAACGCGAACGGAGAAUUUCGCGCCGGUGCGGAUAAGCGCCGCGUCGCCGGCCACGUCCGUCGGUCCGUGUGUCGAUGUGCUGCGCCCGCCAUAGACAAACGCCACGUUUAUGUGCACCGAUCGUGCCGGUAGCGACAGGAGCGUGUGUUACCGCUAUCGAUAUCCUCGACCAGACAGUAACCCCUGAAGUCGAGGACACUCGAGAUGUCCCGGAGCAGCGUGAACGCGUUAAUAUGCGUUCUCGCGGUCUGCGCGUACGUGAACGCAGGCUUGGCUGUCUCGGUGGAUUCGGAUCUGGUUGUCAGGAACGUCGAGCGGCACAUCGACCUGCAGUCCCAGCUGACCAAGAUCACCACUCGCGUGGUGUUGGACAACAACAGCAAGGACCGAGCGCUUCAAAGUUUCCUCUUCUGUUUAGACGGCAACCAGAAAAAGUCGCUCAGCUAUGUGGCGGCACACGUGGAGCCGGGUAAGCUGGAGCUCAAAGUGACGAAGCUGAAGGAUGCGGAUCGCGACAAGAUCUUCUUCAACGUCGACCUCGCGAAUCAUCUGGCGCCCCGUCGCACCCUCACCAUCGAGGUGGAGACGAUAUUCACGCACGAACUGGUGCCACAUCCCAAGGAGAUUGCCCAGCAGGAGAAGCAGCUGGUCAAGUACACGGGUAACGUGUACGCCUAUCUGCCGUACACCGUGGCCAAGCAGACGACGUACGUGGCGUUACCGUCCCGCAACAUCGAGAGCUACACCAGGAUCAAGCCGGUCUCGCAGACCGGCUCGGCGAUCGUUUACGGACCGUACGAGAAGCAACCGCCGUUCGCCUACGAGGAGCUGAUGGUACACUUUGAAAACAACAACAAGUUCCUUACGGUCACCAGGCUCGAGAGGACCAUCGAGAUCUCGCACUGGGGCAAUAUCGCCGUUGAGGAGCACAUCGACCUUCUGCACACCGGUGCUAUGCUGAAGGGCUCGUUCUCCCGUUACGAGUAUGCCCGCGAGACCAAGUCGGGCCAGGCCAGCGUUCAGAGCUUCGACACGAUCCUGCCGGCGGCCGCGUCCGACAUUUACUAUCGGGACGAGAUCGGCAACAUCUCCACGUCGCACACUCGCAUCAAGAAGGACUCCGUGGAGCUAAAUCUGCGGCCGAGGUUCCCACUGUUUGGUGGCUGGAAAACCCGUUACACGAUCGGCUACAACGUACCCAGUUACGAGUACCUGUUCCACUCUGGUGACAUGUACACGCUGGAGAUGAGGCUGCUGGAUCACGUCUUCGACGACAUGGUGGUGGACGAGAUGGUGCUGAGAAUCAUCCUGCCGGAGGGGGCACGUAACGUGCAGCUGGAGCUGCCGUAUCCGGCGACCCGUUUGUCCGAUUCUCUGCACUACACGUACUUGGACGUAACUGGCCGCCCAGUGGUGUCGGUGACUAAGAAGAACCUGGUGGAGAAUCACAUUCAGAACUUUAGGUUUAACUACACGUACCCGCGACUACUCAUGCUGCAGGAGCCGUUGCUGGUCGCGGUCGCGCUUUACUUGUUGUUCCUGUUAGUCAUAACGUACGUGAGACUGGACUUUGCCAUCGACAAGGACGAGGCAUCGGAGAGUAAACUGAGGAUCGCCGGGCAGUGCGAGAAGAUCCUAGCCGCGCAGGACCGUCGCGUCACCUCGUAUAACGAGCUGGACGAUCAGCUGGCGUACCUGAAGGCGAACAAGGACGCCAACACGUUCUUGACCGCGGUGAAGGGCAUCAACCAGCAGUACAAGGCCGCGACCAGUGCGCUCAAUGAGAUAGCGCAGAAACUGAAGGGCGAAUCCGGCGAUGUUUACGAUCGCGUCCAGGAGUUGCAAAAGUGCGAUCGAUCCCUGAAGGAGCUCUACAACCAACAGCAGGCGCUGUACGUGGACAAACUGGUCCCGGGCAAGAUUGGCCGCCAACAGUUUGUCGAGGCAGAGGCGGCGAUCGCCAAGAAGAAGGAAGAAUGCGUUGAGAAGAUCAACGCGAUCAUAAAAUCGCUUCAGUAAUCCUACGCGAAGCGACUUGAGACUUGCGAGCAACGGUGGUGCAUUUUUUGCAAUGCAGCAAUAUAACGUCCUGUUCAGUCUGUUGAUGUUACAUUCGCGAAGUACGAACGAACAAGGAUUCCAUAAGUUUAGCGUAUCGGGUCACUCGUCUCUGUAUCAUAAUUAAGAUUUGUAAUAAAUACAUGUAUAGAAAAAAGGGGACACAUGUUAUUGUUUGUACUUUCUCUGAUCUCUCUCUCUCUUAUCUAAAUAAAUGAGUUUGCUAAU